CAAUAAAAUGGAGUCGCCGGGAGGUGAAUCAAAGCAUGAAUUUUGUGUCACUCCCAAUCUAAUAGAAGCAAGAAUCAAUCAAUUGCAGAGUAAAUCAUACUGAAUCAGUCAGUCAUUUAAGAAAAAGAAAAUCCGCCAGCUAAUAGCCACUGCCCAAUGCGGCCUACUGAUCAACUGCUCAGCUGAUCCAAGUUAACCUAGAUAUGGACACCCACUCGUCUCACGCGGCCGGGAACAUUCGCUCCCGUAGCUCCCAAUCCCCCUCUCCCUCUCACUCUGCUUCUGCCUCUGCCACCUCUACCAUCCACAAGCGCAAAAUGGCGUCGGAUGAUCACGCUCCUCCCUUUCCCCCCUCUUCCUUUUCCGCCGACACCCGCGACGGUGCUUUAACGUCCAAUGAUGACCUCGAGAGCAUUUCUGCUCGCGGCGCUGAUUCCGACUCCGACGAUGAGUCGGAGGAUGCCGUUGUUGACGACGACGAGGAGGAUUACGACAAUGAAUCCUCCAUGCGCACCUUCACUGCCGCUAGGCUUGAAAACCCCCCCUCAGCUCCGCGGAACACCAAGCUCCAAAAGGAUAAUACGACGGUCAAGAUAGAGAAUUCGGAUAGCGCUAAAGACGCUGCCGCAGCCGGGACUGCUUCGGUGGGAACCAUUCCCACCUCGACCUCAGUUCCGGGCAUUAUGGUUAAGGAGGACGCAACAAAGAUUUUUACUGAUAAUUUGCAGACGAGUGGGGCAUACUGUGCCAGGGAAGAGAAUCUCAGGAGAGAGGAAGAAGCAGGGAAGCUGAAAUUCGUAUGCCUUUCAAAUGAUGGUGUUGAUGAGCACAUGGUUUGGUUGAUAGGAUUAAAGAAUAUUUUUGCUAGACAACUUCCCAACAUGCCCAAGGAAUACAUUGUCCGACUUGUUAUGGAUAGGAGCCACAAGUCUGUGAUGGUUAUAAGACGUAAUCAUGUUGUUGGAGGAAUUACAUAUCGCCCAUAUGUAAGCCAAAAGUUCGGUGAAAUAGCCUUUUGUGCAAUAACAGCUGAUGAGCAAGUAAAAGGUUAUGGCACCAGACUGAUGAAUCACUUGAAACAGUAUGCUCGUGAUGAGGAUGGAUUGACACACUUUCUCACAUAUGCUGAUAAUAAUGCUGUUGGCUAUUUUAUCAAGCAGGGCUUCACAAAAGAGAUUCACUUGGAGAAAGAUAGAUGGCAAGGGUAUAUCAAGGAUUAUGACGGAGGAAUUCUCAUGGAAUGCAAGAUCGAUCCAAAGCUCCCAUACACUGAUUUAUCAACUAUGAUUCGUCGUCAGAGGCAGGCUAUAGACGAAAAGAUAAGAGAGCUGUCAAACUGUCACAUUGUUUAUCCUGGAUUUGAUUUUCAGAAGAAAGAAGCUGGUAUUCCUAAAAAAUCAAUCAAAGUUGAGGACAUUCCUGGUUUGAGAGAGGCUGGAUGGACUCCUGAUCAGUGGGGUCAUUCCCGAUUUAGAAGUUUAAGUGUUUCUACAGACAGCGCUGCGAAUCAGAAACAUUUGACUGCAUUUAUGCGAUCACUUCUGAAGUCAUUGCUGUUAUCUUGUAUACAGUCAAUGCACGAUCAUGCUGAUGCCUGGCCAUUCAGGGAACCCGUUGAUGCCCGGGAUGUUCCUGAUUAUUAUGACAUCAUCAAAGAUCCAAUGGAUCUGAAGACAAUGUCUAAGAGGGUGGAGUCUGAGCAAUAUUAUGUUACAUUUGAGAUGUUCGUUGCAGAUGUCAGAAGAAUGUUCGCCAAUGCACGGACCUAUAACUCCCCAGACACGAUUUAUUACAAAUGCGCUACCAGGCACGAUGCUCCAAGUCGACUGUUUUUCCUUUCCUUCCCCUUUCCUGUCCAGUUUGAUAUGUAGAUUAAUGAAUAAAUAAGAAGAAAUAAUUAUUGUUAAAUAAUUAAUAAUGGUGGCAUAAAUAUUGUAGGCAUCGUGGGUUAUUGUGGAAUGGGUUUGACUGAAGUCAACUUUGGUGUUUCUCACUUUUCAUGUAUAUAUAUUUCAGGCUGGAAACCCAUUUUCAGAGCAAGGUUCAAUCAGGUCUACAGGCUGGCACCAAAACUCAGUAGCAGCCUCUGAAUUCAUUAGGGGUUCCUCUAGCCUUCAGCGGCUAAAGAAAGCUGAAUCCCCUCCAAUAUUUCCUUGUAUGUUGUAAAAACUUGUUCUUUAGUUGGCCAAAAAAAAAUUGUUCUUUAAUUUAAUUUUUUGUCAAAUGGGUUACCUUUUUUGUACAGUUGAGAUUGAUUUUAUUUUAAUAUAAUAGUAAAAACAAUUAAGUUGAUAUAAAGUUCUAACAAA